GGCCGUGCCCGUGGAGGCUGGACGGGAGGGGAGGGGACAGCGUGGAGGAGGCGGCCCGCGGCCAGGCCGAGGUGCCGCGGUCCGCGGGGCUCCCGCUGCUCGGAGAUGUCCCUCAGGGCGAAGGACGACUUCCGGCGGCUGUACACAGUGUCGGACACGAGGACGCACCCCAAGGGCUACACGGAGUACAAAGUGACCGCGCAGUUUAUCUCCAAGACAAACCAGGAGGAUGUCAAAGAGGUGGUGGUGUGGAAACGCUACAGUGACUUCCGGCGGCUGCACGGGGACCUGGCCUACACGCACCGCAACCUCUUCCGGAGGCUGGAGGAGUUCCCGGCCUUCCCCCGCGCCCAGGUCUUUGGCCGCUUCGAGGCUGCGGUGAUCGAGGAGCGGCGCAAGGCUGCGGAGGACAUGCUGCGUUUCACCGUCAACAUCCCCGCCCUCAACAACAGCCCCCAGCUCAAGGAAUUCUUCCGAGGUGGGGACGUGACCCGGCCCUCCGAGCCCCAGGAGCUGCACAUCCUGCCACCGCCCCUGGUGCCCACGCUGCCCUCGGAGGAGGCGCGGCUCCCCCAGCCCCUGCCAGCCGAGCGGCUGGGCCGGGAGGAGCUUGAGGACGAGCCCGAGAAGUCAGGGGACCAGCCUCCCUCCAGCCCCGCUCAGGAAGCCCUCGAUCUUCUCUUUGACUGUGGGGUUCCCGAAGACGAGCCGGGCCGCGCGGCCCGGGGAGCGCUCACCGAGGCCGAGCUGGCUCUCUUUGACCCGUUCUCCAAAGAAGAAGGUGCCGGCCCAGGCCCCAGCCCCACCCACGUAGCUGACCUGGCAGCCUUGGGGGCAGAGCCACAGAUCCGGGGCCAGACGCCCUGGGAGCCCGGAGGGGAGGACGAGGAUGAGGAGGACGAAGAGGAGGGCCCACGCCCGGCCUACCUGGACCGAGCUACAGAGCUCAUCACCCAGGCCCUGAAGGACGAGCAGGCGGGGGCCUAUGCCUCGGCCCUACAAGGCUACCGGGACGGCGUGGACGUGCUCCUCCAGGGGGUGCCGGGUGACCCCAACUGCGCCCGCCAAGAAGGGGUGAAGAGGAAAGUGGCGGAGUAUCUGCGGCGGGCAGAAGAGAUCCUACACCUCCACCUGCAGCCGUGAGCUUCGUUUCCUGCCCACCGGAGUGAGCCUGGCCUCAGUUUCCCGGCCCGUCACAGGGAAGCAGCAGACUUGCACCGUCUCCCCGGGGGUCUCCUGAGGAUGGUGCUGGGGGGUCUCACAGGGGUUUUCGCCUUCUCUCCUGCAGCCGUGGCAGGGGACGACCGUCUAGGGGUCUGACCAGCAUCCCCCAAGCUGGGGUCCACACAACUGCCAAGUCGACACUCCCCAAGUGCCCUUCAGAUGCCACACUGCCCGGCUUGCUGCCCUGCCCGCUUUUCCUUGGGCGAUACCUUCCAUCUCCCCCCUCCAGGCCUUUGCCCGGGCCCUUCCCCAUGACAGGAAUGCCUUCCCUCCUCGUUGUCUCACCCAGAAGUGAACGACUGGAUGAUUGUGUACAUGUGGUUCUUCUGGGACAGGGUAACCCCGGAGGGCAGGGACCCCUGACUCCGGAUCCCCGUGCCCCACAGCACGAACACUUAAUAAAUGCUUGCUGGAUGCAUUAGAACGAAUGGAAGCCGCUUCCAGCAGCCUGGACUGCGAUGUGAGGCAUUCUGGGAAAACGAGGGUCUGGGCCCGGGGCAUAAUGGGAAGGGAGCUGGAGGUCAAUUGCCAUUUUAUCGGUUUAGUGCGUCAUCAACGGGCGUCAUGUGGCGCAUUAC